AUGCUGCCAUUGGUCUCUGCUCAGUUACUCGCCGUGACAGACAAGAAAGGAAACCUCACAUACAUUGGUGCCAGUGAUUUUGGCGUCGAGCAGUUCCAGAACAUAUUCUACGGCCAAGACACCUCCGGCGCUAAUCGCUUUGCCCCUCCGAUCCCGUUUGAAUGCGCCGCCGGCUCCGUGAUCGAUGCCACCCAGUCCGGAGCAUGGUGCCCACAAGGCACCGGGCCAAUUCUGCCCUUUACAAGUGUGAUUGCCAACAUCAGCGAGAACUGUUUGAGCCUGCGCAUCGCUCGGCCCUACGGUACACAGCCCAAUGCCAAGCUACCGGUCAUGAUUUGGGUGCACGGAGGUGGCUAUGCUCUUGGCUCCGGCUCUGACAUACUAUACGAGCCCGGCGGCAUAGUAGCGCAAGCUGCUGCAGACAAGCGGCCACUAAUCUGGGUUGACAUAAACUACCGCCUCAACUGGAUGUAG